GACGUCGAUCAAGUCACGUGGUCACCUCGCCUUUUUCCUGUUUAACAAUUUCGAGUUAUAAAUUCACCAUCUUGAAAGCAGCAUUUCCGAUUGGGACCAUUGAUGACCUUCGGUUUUAACAGAUAUGUUUCGUCCCCUGGUCUAAACCAAUCAUGGACGUCUCCUCCUUGUUUCUGCUACCGUUCUAUCUUGGCCUUGCCAUGAUUGCUCAAGCUCAAGAAUGUUCCAGACCUACACUCGGCAACAACAUGAACCUGAGGGAUGAUGACAUACUUAAAGAUAUAUUUCCAGAUGGGAGCAAAGCUAAUCUUGCCUGUGCUGUGGGUCACGUGCAGGCUGGGGGGAGUCUAUCUAUUACCUGUACAGCUGGUGCCUGGAGUCCUGUGACACUGGAAUGCGAGAGGAGGAGCUGUGGUGCUGCAGAAGAAUUGUCGAAUGGAUAUCUUGAUUAUUCUGAGGGGAUUCAGUUUGGUGACAAAUUAUAUAUCAGUUGCAAAACAGGUUACAUAUUGGUUGGUGAACCUGCCCGCAUUUGUUUGGCCAGUGGGAAGUGGAGUGGCCACCCACCAUCAUGUGAAGUGGUGACCUGUGAACCCCCGCGGGAUUUGGCUCAAGGCUCUUUCAGCCCUAUACAGGACAUCUACAAAUAUGAAGACUUUGUACAGUACAUGUGUAUCAAAGAUUAUGUCCUUAAUGGAUCCAAAGCAGCAUCAUGUUCUGCUGAUAGACAAUUCAAACCUGAUCCUCCUGUUUGUGUCAAGGUGAACUGUGUCGAAAUCAAAAUUGAAAAUGCCGAGGUGCUCUCAGGUGCUCGGCCCCCAUAUGGGCACAUGGCAUUCGUGACAUUCCAGUGCAACUCUGGAUACAAGAUGGUUGGAUCUCCCACCGUGACGUGCGACAUAAACAGCCGCUGGUCACCAAAACUUCCAACUUGUCAGCGAAUAGAAAGGCCAACGACUGCCAAACCUGUUGACAAAGGGACACCAACAGCCAUUCCUCCGACACCAGAUGACAAAAAUGGUGGUAAUCAUUUGGGGAUGUCUCUGGGUAUUGCUUUUGCAGUCAUCAUUGGACUAGCUAUCAUCAUUAUCGUUGGAUGCUAUUACUUUGGAGGCCUUACAUUCAUCAACAAAAAGAGCAAAAAUGGCUAUCGGAAAGGUCGCUCCAAUGAUGUGGCUACCACAGAUGGGGAGGGAGUGGUGCUCUCAGUAAGACACUAGGUGCUGCUGAGAGCUUGCUCCAAAAGGAUCGGAGCGGCAGGUGACCAUAGGACCCCUGCUGGCACCACACUGCUAGAAAUGGAAAGAGAAUUGUAACCAAUGUCUGUGUCCGGUGGACAUCACAUUAGUUUCUCAUGACAGAGCAGUAACACCUUUCAGUUAGCACUGUGCUUGAGUUCUGUUUUUUGUCAGCGCUUUUUUUUUUAAUGCAUACCAUUUUCCUCACUUGCAAAUAUAAUUUUUUUAAAAUGGCUGACAAAUUUCCACUUACACUCUAAAAUGCAGACAGUACAUCAUGGGUGUACAUAUAUGGGGAAAAUAUCUUCGGACAUGUCAUAUUUUCUCCAAAUGUACUAUUGGGAUUUCUGAGGAGGAAAAGGCGUAUUCUUUAUGCCUUCAUGCACUUCCAAGUGUUUUAGCUUGUGGAAAAGAUGUAUUUAUUGUGUACUGCCAAAGACUUGCAAAGUUAUGUAGCCAUUGUUUGUCAGUCGCAAGCGGUUUUGCUGUGGCUAAGACAAAAAAAGAUUGAUGUAAUGAAUGUAUUGUAAAUUGACAUUUACUGAAUGGCUUUGACACAUUUUCCCAGAUUUAUUGGCUUAAAAUCAGCUUUUGUUUUCGAAGCUAAAUGAAAUUAAAAAAAAAUAAAUUUGC